GCGGGUGCUGAAGAGAAGUAAUUGGAAAGCAGCUUAAUUUGGGGAGAUGAAGGAAAGAAGGCAGCUGCAGUGCCGGGAGGGGGGUGUGCGUGUGUGUUAAGGCUGGCUUGCUGCUGCCACCGUCGGUCGGUCGCUCCCGCCUGCCUCCUCCCCGCUAAGUCAGUCUGCGCUUCUCCAUGCAUUCAGAAGCGGAGUGGGGGAGAGCCAGCCCGAAAAGACGCGAGCCCCCUCCUCCCCAGAGCUGCUCUCCCUCCUGCUCUCCUCCCCGCCCGAGAAACUGCUGGGAGCAUCCCGACAGGGACAGGGUGCAGUGGGCUGCCGCCUUUGGGGACGCGAGCCCGGGGCCUGAAGAGGGGGCUGCUUGGCUCUGGCCACCCUCUGCCACUCAGCCUCUUCUCCUUCUUCUUCGUCUCCUCCCCGUCCUCCCCUUCCUCCUCCUCUUCCUCCUCCUCCUCCUCUUCUUCCUCCUCCUCCUUCAUUGAGUUUUCCCGAGGCUGGACACAGAUCAAUGGUUCUUCUUGGAGAUGCACACUCAGCUGUCGGCCGGAGGGGGGUAGCAGCCUCUGCCUCCAGGUGCUUUCUCCCUAGAGGCUGCUGUUGCUGCUGCUGCUGCUGCUGCUGCUGUUGCCACCACUGUCACUUGAGACCCGGGCACGUUAAACUCCCUGAAAUGGGGUUGCUGCUGCCUCUGUCGCUGCUGGAGUAAAAGGAGCGAGGGAUCCCUAGUAGUCAGUCACUGCUGCCUGCAUGGAUGUGUUCAGCUUUGUGAAGAUUGCAAAGCUGUCAAGCCACAGAACCAAGGCUUCAGGCUGGCCACCUCCCUCAGGAACCUGGAGCUUGAACCAGGUGCCACCUUAUGGAUGGGAGAUGACGUCAAACAGAGAUGGAAGAGACUACUUCAUCGAUCACAUGACACAGGGGGUCACAUUUGAAGACCCUAGAUUUGAGAGCUGCCAAAUCAUCCCUCCUGCUCCUCGACAGGUUGAGAUGAGGAGGGAUCCUGUGUUGGGAUUCGGAUUUGUGGCAGGGAGUGAGAAACCAGUGGUUGUCCGUUCAGUAACACCAGGUGGCCCCUCAGAAGGAAAACUUAUCCCAGGAGAUCAGAUCGUAAUGAUCAAUGAUGAGCCGGUCAGCACAGCUCCGAGGGAGAGAGUCAUUGACCUUGUCAGAAACUGCAAAGAAUCGAUCCUCCUCACUGUCAUUCAACCUUACCCUUCUCCCAAGUCAGCAUUUAUUAGUGCUGCUAAAAAGGCAAGGUUGAAGUCCAAUCCUGUUAAAGUGCGUUUCUCAGAGGAGGUCAUCAUCAAUGGCCAGGUUUCGGAAACAGUAAAGGACAAUUCGCUUCUUUUCAUGCCAAAUGUUUUAAAGGUCUACUUGGAAAAUGGGCAAACCAAGUCAUUCCGUUUUGACUGCAGUACUUCAAUAAAGGAUGUCAUCUUAACUCUUCAAGAAAAACUUUCUAUCAAGUGUAUUGAACACUUUUCCCUGAUGCUGGAGCAGAGGACGGAAGGAGCUGCAACCAGACUUCUCUUGCUACACGAACAGGAGACUCUUACUCAGGUGACACAGAGACCCAGCUCCCAUAAGAUGAGAUGUCUUUUCCGAAUUAGCUUUGUCCCAAAAGAUCCCAUUGACCUUUUGAGAAGAGAUCCAGUUGCUUUCGAGUAUCUAUAUGUACAGAGCUGUAAUGAUGUGGUACAGGAGAGAUUUGGGCCAGAGCUGAAAUAUGACAUCGCCUUGCGUCUGGCAGCAUUACAAAUGUAUAUUGCCACUGUCACCACCAAGCAAACUCAAAAGAUCUCCCUCAAAUACAUUGAAAAAGAAUGGGGAUUAGAGACUUUUCUUCCAUCUGCUGUGCUGCAAAGCAUGAAAGAAAAGAACAUAAAGAAAGCACUUUCCCACCUUGUCAAAGCAAAUCAAAACCUAGUGCCGCCGGGAAAAAAGCUGUCUGCUUUGCAAGCCAAGGUCCAUUAUCUCAAGUUCCUCAGUGAUCUUCGAUUAUAUGGGGGUCGUGUGUUCAAGGCAACAUUAGUGCAGGCAGAAAAACGCUCAGAAGUGACUUUGCUAGUUGGACCCAGGUAUGGAAUAAGCCAUGUGAUAAACACCAAAACCAACUUGGUAGCUCUUUUGGCUGAUUUCAGCCAUGUCAACAGGAUUGAGAUGUUUGCGGAAGAUGAAGGCUCCAUUCGUGUGGAACUCCACGUGUUAGAUGUGAAACCUAUUAUUCUGCUAAUGGAACCAUCAGAUGCCAUGAACCUUGCCUGUUUAACAGCUGGAUAUUAUAGGCUACUAGUAGAUUCCAGACGGUCAAUAUUUAACAUGGCCAACAAGAAAAAUGCAGGAAACAGAGAAACAGGUCCUGAAACUAAAGGAAAGCAUAAUCUCCUUGGCUCUGAUUGGAACUGUGUACCGCAAAUGACCACUUUCAUUGCUGAUGGGGAACAAGAGCCACAAAUAACAUAUAUAGACUCAAAACAUAAGAAUGUUGAUAUUGCCGAUGAUACCUUAUGUCCAAAAGACCACAGGCAUCUGUACAUAGAAAAUACCUAUAACACAGAUGACCUUAAUCAUCACUUGACCAAACAAGGUGACUCCACCUGUGAAGUGGAAAGCAGGGGCCUUGCUCAGCAAUCGUUGCUGUCACUUUCAGGUCUAGAGACAAAUAAAAAAGCACAGGAUUCUCCCAGGAGUGCUAAAGUAUCCUUUAUUUUUGGAGAAAUUGCCUUGGAUGAUAUUAACCCCAAAAACCUUGGUUACGAAAGAUUAUUGGAUGAGAGUCCAGAAAUGCUGGAAAAACAAAGAGCUCUUUACAUGAGCAAUGCCAAUGAUAUUAAAGGUUUGGAUUUCUCUCCAGAUGCUGAAAGCAUACAGUUUGUGACAAAUUCUGUUUAUGCAAACAUUGGCGAUGGAAAAAACUUUGAAGCUGCUGAAGGCAUCGAAGAGCCUUUGCUCCAUGAGAUCUGUUACUCAGAAAACACAGAUGAUGCUGAGGAUGAAGAUGAAGUGAGUUGUGAGGAAGAUCUUGUAGUUGGAGAAAUAAAUAGGCCUGCCAUUCUUAACCUGUCUGGGUCCAGUGAUGACAUCAUUGACCUCACAUCCCUUCCUCCUCCUGAAGGUGAUGAUAAUGAGGAUGACUUCUUGUUACACUCCUUGAACAUGGCCAUUGCUGCACCUCCACCUGGCUUCAGGGACAGCUCUGAUGAAGAGGAUUCUCAGCACCAGUCAACCCAGUUUAGGGAAGAAAAGGAACAGGCCAGCAGCCUACAAAAUGAUGAAAUUCCUGUGUCCCUCAUUGAUGCUGUUCCUACCAACUCUGAAGGAAAGUGUGAGAAGGGGCUAGAUGAUGCUGUAGUCUCCACUCUACAGGCUUUAGAGGCUUUAGCAGCAUCAGAGGAACAGCAGACAAAUGACAAUUCAGGUGUAGCAAUCUUGCGAGCUUAUAGUCCUGAGUCUUCUUCAGAUUCAGGUAAUGAAACUAAUUCUUCGGAAAUGACUGAGAGUUCUGAACUGGCCACAGCACAGAAGCAGUCAGAAAACUCUACUCGCAUGUUCUUGGCCACUAGUGAAGGCUACCAUCCCCUUGUGGAAGAACAGACGGAAUUCCCCAUCUCCAAAACCCCCUCGGGAAGUUUGCCUGCAAAGUCUUCCCAGGCCCUGGCUGCUCGACCAGCAGCCGAGCUACAGUCCAAAGUUGUGCCUUCAAAGCAAAUUCUUCCCUCAGAUAACAUGGAGAUGGAACCAGAAACCAUGGAGACCAAGUCGGUCACAGACUAUUUCAGCAAAUUGCACAUGGGGUCUAUGGUGUAUUCUUGCACCAGCAAAAGGAAAGGCAAGCUGGCUGAUGGGGAGGGAAAACCAGCCCCUGAAGGGAUGGUAACAGGGAAAAAGCAACAGGGACCUAAAAAAGCAGAGAUGGAGGAAAAUGCCAAAGGGAAAUUUGGUACACUGGCAUCACGAGACAGUCCACGACUAAGCACUUUUAACCUGGAGAGGACUGCCUUUCGAAAGGACAGCCAAAGAUGGUAUGCAGCUGCUGAUGGUGGAGCAGCUGAAAAAUCUGGACCAGAGUUGGAGACUGGGAAGGCCUUUCAAAGAAUGUCUGGCCUUGGGACAAUGGAAACUGAGUGCAAGGAUGAAGGCAAUCCUGAAGGGGACAACAGUGGUGCUCCCAAACUCGGCCAAGGUGAAAGCUUUUUGCCUGACAUGACUUGUGUAUCCUCAGCCAAAGACAUAAACCAUCAUGAGGAUGCCGAUCUGUCUGCCGAUGACCAUCCUUCCAAGCUUCCUGAAGCUGAGCAGGGUGUGGCUCACCUUUGUGACUAUCACUUGGCGAAGCGUAUGUCAUCUUUGCAAAGUGAAGGACAUUUUUCUCUGCAAAGCUCCCAAUGUUCUUCAUUGGAUGCUGGGUGUAGCACAGGGAGCAGUAGCACCUGCCCUACACCUGUGGAAUCUCCCCUCUGCACCUCAGAAGGGAAGCACAUAAUUUCUGAUGCCUCAGGGAAGGGUAUGAGUUACAUUCCUGCAGAUGAGAGACCUGCUGGGCUUCCCAAUCCCGGGGCCACUUUUAAGGAACUGCACCAACAGACUGAUCCCAUGUGUCACCGGAUGACAGUGCCUGUUAUGCAUACAGCUGUUAAUGCUGAGCCACUGUUUGGCACUUUGAGAGAUGGAUGUCAUCGGCUCCCCAAGAUUAAAGAAACCACAGCUUUCACAGAGCCUGGGAAGGGAAGACGAGGAGGCAUGCCUUCAGCUUGUUCUCAACAUCCUAAAGCUGAUUCCAUCAUGCUACCAUCCAACAUUCACUCUGAAUCAAAGGUGCCAAGUCCUAAUCAAGACCCUAAUGAUUUUCCCAAAGCGAACCAGGCCUACGGAGUGGCGAUGAGUUUGUGGCCGUGUGAGCUGAGGGGAGGGAGCCUCCGAAUGCCACAGAACAGAAAGGUUCUGCGACGGAGCAGCAGCGUCAUUUCGGGAUCCCCGGGCUUGGAAACAUUUCUGGAGAGGAAGAAGGCUGCUAUUGGCUUGAAGUGCUCCGGCAUCCCCGAGGCAGCGGCUGAGUCCAAACCGGAAAAAAGGGUCGAAAUUCCCCUAGGCAAAAAGUUAACCAAAAGUUUCUCACAAAAUUCCAUGCAUUUAGGCCCUGAAGGGAAAGAAAAGCGGAAAUCUUCAGGGCUCCACAAGGACUCCAAGCUCUAUAGAACGUUACCUUUGCGGAAGCUGGAGGCCAGCACCUGGAGAUGCCGAGGACCCUUUAGCCAUUGCUUCCUGAAUCGAGGGCAAGAUGAGGAUGGGGAUGACGAGGAGGAAAACGCCGAGGCCCGUCGCCGAGACUCCGGCCUCUAUCAACCAGAACUGCCCCGUGAGCCGCCAGAGCCAGCCAGCCAGUCCCUCCCGGCCGAAAUCCAGAAGAAGGUGAUGGUGGUGGGGGAGACCUCCAGAGUUCUCCAGGGCGCGCAAGCCCCCGGCAGCCCGGCCUCGGCCUCGGACUCGAACCCCUGCGCGCUGGCUUUUGAGGCUCGGAUCGCGAGGAUCAACGCCCUCAAGGAGAGCAGAUACACCAUGCCCAGCGGGUUCCUGGCCGCCCAAAACGAUGCCAACGAGCUGCUCUGCCUGGUCCGGUCCUGUGCCGGCAAGAGAGACGAGUCGUCGCCCAGGGCAACCAAGCGCGACCUGAAGCUCUCCCAGUACAAGCAGCUGUUAUCCAUAGAGUCCAGACACCUGGGAAGUGCCUGCAGGAAAAUGGCCAUGGCGGACAAGAGCCCGGAGGAGAUGCUGGCGGCCGUGACGGCCAGCUUCCAGGUGCUCUGCUGCCUGACCGAGGCCUGCCUCCGGCUGGUCAAGGUUGUGAGCUCCGAAGCGCAGCGGCAGGAGAUCGUGGCCAAGAUUGACGAGGUGGUCCUCAACUACAUCUGCCUCCUGAGGGCCGCCGAGGCGGCCACGGGGAAGACGUCGGCGGAUCCCAGCUUGCGACUCUUGGCCCGACACUCGACCACCAUGGCUGCCAUUGUAAGCACACUAACACGUUCUCUGAAGAUGCUUUUAAAUAAGUAGAUAAUCAAAGGUGUGAAAGUCACUUCAUGAACGACCUUUGCAAAGCCAUACAUAAACUUUUAUUUACUCUCUCUGUACUGAUGAUGAACAAGAUGUUCUCUCUCUUCUUCUCUGUAUAUUUUGUUAUUUUAUAUAAAAAUAGGUAUGAAAAUCAAGUCACAUUACUGAAUAUCAAACAAGUACUAAUCAGAUGUAUUCUGUUUAUAGAUUUCUCUAUAUAUGUGUAAAAGAAGUAUAUGAAGAGGGGUGGUGACUUGGACUAUUUUUAAUAUAGUCUAAACAGGUCUAUGAUGUGAAAUUUUAAAUACUGCAGUGUCAGAAGAAAAAGAAAUGUGCCCUCCCUGCCCCCCCCCCAAUUCUUCCAGGUUUAUACUUGGGAGCCACAACAUUCAUAUUUAGAAGCAGGAAAUUGAAUCAUAAUGUAUAUAAAACAGCAGUUAAUGUUUUAAAAUUAUAAUUUUUAAGCAUUGGAAAUAACAAAAAAAAGACAUU